AUGGAACUAUUUGGAAUAAACAAAAAGAAUAAAAGAAAAGACUCGGACCCAGCUAUUUUAACAACAAGUUUACCGAGAAGAAAGUCUUCAGUCACAAGCGAAAGGAAUUCAACUGCAAUGAGAAGCUAUACUUCAAGAUCCUCAUCUAUCUGUAAUGAUGACGGUAGAAUAUCUCGUAAAUCCUCACUUGAUUAUACUGGACUUUCUGACCGCGACGUUGAAGACUUGUUUGAAAAAAUGCUUACAAGAAGAGGUAUUCAUGAUCCUUCAGCACGAUCUAUGAUGCUCAGCUUUCCCAUCGAAAAGAAAUUGUUGAUGCUCUCACAGGACAAACAAGCAGAUCUUACAAAUUCAAACACGACAUCACAAGAAAGUCUUGUGCAUGAAACAUCCAACUCAGAUAAAAGCUCACCAGAGUAUUAUAUUGACAAAUUUCUAGAACCUGACAUGAAGGGCGUCACCCCAAGGCUGAUUGCUCACUUAGCUGUCAGUUUAAGAACGAUGCCCCUAAGUUGGGUCAGACAGUUUAUUGAAUCAAGUGGUUUGCAGAUCAUUACGAACGUAAUUGGUGCAUUGAACAUGGGAGAGAAAAAGUCAGAAGCUGAUCUUCAAAUGGAAGUUGAAAUCUUGAAAUGCUUUAAAUCACUCAUCAACAACAGGUGGGGAGCACGCGAGGUCAUAUCCCAUCCACAGUGCAUCUACCACAUCGUUCUAUCUCUCGUAUCACCGCCUAUUCAGACUAGAAAGCUAGUUUGUGAAAUAUUGGCAUUUGUGUGUCACGUCGACUUACCCAAGGGCCAAGAGAUCGUACUCAAGGGUCUCGACAAAUUAAGUGAGCACAUGGGCGAGUUUGGGCGAUUCGAUGCCUGGCUUAAACUGCUCGAAGCUACCCUUGACGGUCGAGGUAAGAUGGGAAGUUUAGUAGGUGCCAGUGAAGACGUUCGAAAGUUUGCUGUGGGGGGUGAUAGCCAACUGAGCGAUUUUGCACUCUCCAACAUGAUGCUCGUCAAUUCGCUCGUGUCUGUGAUAGAGGAUGUCGAGAUUCGUGUUCAUUUACGAAACCAGCUGAAUGCAAGCGGACUAGACAGUAUUAUGCAAAAAAUGCUAGACUUUAAUAACGAACAGCUCAAGAGACAUAUCAGCAUCUAUAAACAGAUGAGUGAGAAUGAUAUGGAAGAGAUGAUGGAUAUUUAUAACGAGACUAUCUUGAAUAAUAUGAAUGACCCAAGAGAGUGCUUUGAGCGAAUUUUAGAUAAAGUAGAGGGAACUCGAAGCUACAAUUUCUUUUUAAGCACUCUUCAGCAUAUCCUCAUGAUUCAAGCACAAGGCGAUACUCAAGUACGUUAUUUUCAAAUACUCGAUAGACUCAUCACACAGGUGGUGAUGGACAGAAAGGGGUUAAAAAACGAUGAUUUUUCCUCUACAGGCUGGUCCGUAGCUAUGCUCAUUGACAAGUUUGCUGAACAAGAUCAGAUUAAUAAAUAUAUCCAAGAGGCAAAGGAAGCCAGGCAGCUAUAUGAAAAGACUGUUAAAGAAAAACAAGAACUAGAAACAGAGAUCAGCCUCAAAGGAGACGGACUAGUGGGACAGUUGCGAGAUAAGGCAAAUUCACUAGAAGACCUUUUGCGCAUAUCACGCCACACAAUUGCUACAUUACAAAGAAAAUUAAAAGACACGCAGAGAGAAUAUGAAAUGAAUAUCACCGCACUUGACCAGCAACUUCGUGAGAUAUAUAGUAAAGCAGCUGCGGCUAAUGAUGAUGUGGCGGCGAAUAAUGAAAACAGUAAUGACACUAGUGGCCAUUUUGUGUUGGGAAGGGAAGAAGUAACGAGAGCUUAUGAUAGACUUAAGGCACAAGCUAUACUAGAAGGAAAACCAGAGAAUGAUGAUUAUCAUAAUCUUCCUCGCGCAGAAGGAUUGUCUGAAAAGUUCAAGUCGUCACUUCAAGGGCAGUUAGGCAGCGGUCCUGUUGGUUUGGUCAUUCCUGGCACGGCUCCUCUAAUUGGAUCAACACGCCGUUCACCUGCAAAGAAAGCAUGGCAAGCAGAAGACGGUAAAUCAGACGGCGUCAAGAUAAACGUUGAUAUCAAAGAGCAAGUAGAUCAGCUUUUGAGCCAAGACGAACCUGUGUCAAGUGAUGAUCAUGCUGAUAAACCAAUCAGCGCAAUGGCUGCAGAGCUGGAGCAAAAGCUAAGGCAGUAUAAUAAUAAACCAGUGGUCGAGACUGUUACUACAGCCAGCCUACCAAGAACUAGUUCCAUCACAAUAGCAACAGCAACCCCUGAAAGUAACCCGUCAGAAAGAAAGCCUUUACUCUCAGAAGAUAAUAAAUCUCAAGCUACAGACCAGCCUUCUAGUAUUCCUAUUCCCCCACCACCACCACCACCACCACCUAUGCCACCUAUCUCUUCUAACCUUUCUUCCAAACCAGCAACUUCUGUAGCGCGUGUAUCUUCUGUUCCUUGUCCUCCUCCAGUUUCAUCAGCAUUUGUAGAGGUAACUGAGCAAAACAUACCAGUUCCUCCUCCUCCUCCACCACCACCUGGUCCUCAAAACGUACAGCUUGCGUCUAACCCACCUGAGGCUCCCCCUCUGCCAGGCGCGCUAGCUGCAGCUCCUCCUCCUCCUCCUCCUCCUCCUGUACCUCCAAGCGUGCCCAUGCCGCCACCUCCACCUGGCGCUCCGACUGCUCCGUUGGCACCUACUGGACCUAGUCGUAAAGUUAUCCGUCAUCAACCUAAUGUGAAAACACGCGCUAUUCAAUGGACCAAAUUACAUAGUAACGCAGUGAACAGAACCGUCUGGGGAUCCAGCGAUGUAGACGAACUAGCCUUAGAAGACGAAUUAGAAAACCUUGGAAUUUUUGAUUCUAUUGAAUCGCUAUUUGCACAAAAAGUAGUCCAGCCAAAGAAACGUGUUGUAAAAGAAGAAAAGAAGGAAAUUCGUAUUAUUGAUCAAAAGAAGGGAUACAAUAUGAAUAUUGCCAUCUUGGCCAGACUCAAGCAUCUAUCGUUAAAGCAGAUAACAAACGCAUUUUUGGCUGUGGAUGAUAGUCUACUUACGGAAAGCCUUCUAGUAAAUUUACAGCAGUAUGUACCAACACCUGAGGAACAGGGAAAGUUAUCUGUGUUUGUGAAGAGUGCCUCUGAGGAAGAACUAGUACAGUUAUCUAAGCCGGAUGCCUUCUGUGUUGAAAUGAUGAAGAUCGAUCGUUAUAAGGAAAGAGUUGACAAUUUGCUGUUCCGUACAAUGUUCAACGAAAGACAUCAAAGAUUAUCAAAGCACAUGGCCUCGGUAUUGAACGCAUCAGUCGCUUUGAAAGAAUCGACUUCAUUUAAAGAACUUUUGAAGCUUAUUCUUGUGCUUGGUAACUUUAUGAACGGCAAUACUUUCCAAGGUGGUGCAUUUGGUAUUCGAAUUGCCAGUAUCAAUAAGCUGGUAGAUACCAAAGGAACAGAGGGGAAUGUAACCUUGCUUCACUUCUUGGUUGACUCUGUUGAAUCAAAGAUACCUAGGUUACAUGGAUUUUUAAAUGACUUACAAGAAUGUGGGGACGCCUGUAAAGUGACACUACAAGACCUUGUGAAAGAAUACAACGAAAUCCGUGUAGGCCUGCAAAAGUUAAUUCAGGAAUUAGAUAACCACUACGAAGAAGGAUAUGAAGCCCCUGAAGGCGAUAAUUAUGCUCACGUCAUGAAGAAGUUUAGAGAUGAUGCUAUAGAAAAGUUUGAAGAACUUGAAGUUAGAUACACAUCCAUGGAUGUUGCUUACCGUGAUGUAGUCACCUACUUUGGCGAAAAUCCUGAUCAGAUGAAGCCAGAUGAGUUCUUUAGUAUUUUCAAGACAUUUACUUCUAGUUGGGAGCGUGCCAUGAGUGAUAAUUUAUCUGCAAAGAAGAAACUUGAAAGCAGAGAAAAGGCUAGACUUGCUGAAGAGGCGCGUAGAGAGAAAAUAAAGGCACAGAAACUACGAGGGGUGGUUACAAGCGAGGCAAUUUCUCCUGGAGUUGAUGAAGAUAAGAAUAUUAUGGAUAAUUUGCUUGACAAACUACGUGCUGGGGAGUUAGAUACAAGUCUAAAGAGAAGUAAGCAAGAAAGAAGCGCGAUAUCACGAGAAAAGAGAAUGCAAAAGAGUGAAUCUGUCGCUAUCUUGGCAGAAGAUUUACUGAAAAGCAUACAGUCGGAUGAAGAGAGUCCUUUACUGCGUUUUACGUAA